AUGGUUCAUAUUUUAUUGCUUUAAAUUCAAUUAAAGAUUUAUCUAGACUCUUAAGGUAUUAAAGCAAAUUCUAAAUAGCUUUUAGAACCGGUUAUAGGAGAUGGAAAUUUAAAGGAAACGUCAGAGUCAUUAAAAGAGGAAGCUUAAAAGCUUCCAGAUGAUUUUGUAUUGAAUUCUACAGUUUUGGCAGAUUAAAUUACUCCAGUAGUAAUGAGGGCAUUAAAUUUUACAUAAAAUUAUACCAUUUAAAAAGCAAUAGAGUCUCCAAAUGGUAAAUGGGCUGAAAAUUUAGGAAAUGUAAUUGUUGUAGAUCAGUUAGAUGUUUUAGUAUAUAUUUGGGAAGGUUUCGAAAAAGAAUUGAAAAGAGCAUAGUAAUAAUAACAAUAAAAUAUAGGAAAUACUUAAACUAUUAAUUUGGUAAAUAUUUUACUAAAUUCAGGUUUGUAGAAUUCUUUGAAAUAAUUUAUUAGAAGCAUUAAUAUUUAAGAAUAUGCAGUUUUAUCCAAUAUGGUUUUUAAUAAUAGAAUGGGAAUUUAUAAUAGCGAGGAUGUGAUUAAGAAGAAUAUUAUUUCCAUUUCCAAUAAAUUUUAUAAGAAUUACGGAUAAAAGAAAGCAAUGUAGAGUACUGUUCCACUUUCUACUAUAGUUAUAGGAUUACUUAUUUUGAAACUUUUCCUUGAUAAUAUGAUUGCAACAAGCAUUUUUUUACUUUUUAUGCUUGCAGUAUUGCUUAUUUAUUCCCUUAUGAUAUCCGAUGUGGAAGAAAAAACAUAUGAAUUCGGUAUGUUAAGGGCUCUUGGUUUUUAGAAAAAUAGUUUGGUGUAUCUUUUGAUAAUUUAAGGUUUAAUAUUUGCUAUUCCAGGACUUUGCUUAGGACUUUUGAUGGCUUAUUUAUUAAAUUCAAUAAUUGCGUUCAUUAUUUUUGAUAAAGCUGUUAUGACAACUACUUAUGAUUUACAUUGGUCGGCUAUUGCUUUAGCAAUUUUCUUGGGUAUUUUUAUUCCUUUAAUUUCUGUGUAUUUGCCUAUUUAAAGAGCGAUGUCAAAAACAUUAAGAGAUAGUCUUGACUUAUAUCAUAGAGUUGUCAAUUAAAUUUCUGUGAGUGUUUAGAAAUUGGAAAAAUUGGGAAUUUCCUUUUCUUAAUCUGUAAAUGCAUUUACUCUUAUUUUGAUGGGAAUCGUUUGCUAUUAUAUAGCCCCAGCAGCUUUUGUAUUUAAAAAGUUGGAUCUUUUUUUGGCUAUUAUUAAUAUUGUUUUGAUUAUGAUGAUUAUUGGAUUUACCCUAUUAUUGAAUUUAUCACAAAAAUAUGUAGAAAGAGUUUUCGUAAAACUCUUUUUGUGUAUUUUUAGAAAAGAAAAGCACUUAGAAAUCGUAAUUGUCAAAAAUAUGAAUGGGCAUAGAAGAAGAAACAGCAAAACAGCUAUCAUGUAUACAAUAGCUUUGGCUUUCCUUAUUUUUACUGGAGCAGGUUUUUCUUUAUAAAGUAAAUAAAUCCAAGAUAAUCUUAAAAGUUCUCUAGGAACUGAUUUUAAGGUUUAGUUAAUUAACGAUAAAACAGGACUUGAUGAAAGGGGAAUGAGAGAAUAUAUGGAAGAAUACAUAAAAAGAAACCCUACACAUAUAAAUGGGUAUUCAUUUAUAACUUUUUCUAUGAAGGAAUUCCCAAAAUUUAAAAACUCUAAACUAAGUUCUUUAAGUUAAUUCCCAAGCCUUAAGAAUUUAGAUAUUAAAGGAGUGGAGAAAAACUAUUUAUAAAGCAGUUAUUUGGAUUUUUAUUAUCCUACGUAGUUUGAUCCUAAUUAUAAGUUUAAAACAAUAUCUAAUAACGGGAAUGAUGUAAAUGAUUGUGUAGAAAGUCUUUUUUCUUAAGAAGGAAACCUGAAUAUUUAGAAAAGUACUGAUGUCUUUAAAAUUAUUUCAAAUGCUUAAUAUAGAAAAUAAGACCAAAUAAAUCCUAUUCCUGAUUUCUAAGUAGAUUAUAAUUCAAAUACUAAUAAAAAAAUUAUUAAUAAAGGGUAAUCUGAAAAACGUUUUACUUCUUCUAAAUAUAAGGAUGAAGAAAUUAAUGUAAUAUUACCUUCAGGACUUAAAUAUGCAAUAAGUUUGGAUGUAAAUACUCCUGCUUUACUUGAGUUCUCAGGCAUAAGAUAUAGAACUAAAAUUAGAUGUAUGGCUAAUAAAUUUUCGGGAUUUAAAUUUAGUUCUUAUAGAUAAAUUUAAUUCUAUGGAGAAUCUUUGACAGGAAUAGAAUAGUUUAAAUAUAUAAUUGAUUCUUAUUAUUAUUAUUCUGGCCAUGCAAGUAAUCCAGAAGUUAAAUAUUUCUUUGAAAAAGUUCAACCAGGAAGUUCUUACGGAAUACCAAAAUAAUCUUUAUUAAUUAAAUUUAAAAAAAAUUUGUCUAAAUUUGAAAGGGAAGAUUUGGCUAAUGGACUAAGAAAUUAUUUCAAAAACGAUUUCACAUAAUUAUUUGAUGUGCCUUAAAUAGUGGAAAGUAUUGAGUAAACUUUAUUUUUUAUUGAUCUUUUCUCACUUGUUGUUGCUGGUAUUUCAAUUAUUCUCUCUUUUUUCUUAAUUCUAGUGUCAUUUGUGUCUAAUAUUAAAGAAAAUAGUUGGGAGUUUGGGGUUUUGAGAGCAAUCGGAUUAAAUAAAAGAUAAAUUACAAGAGUUUAUAUGAUUGAAUCUUGUGUUUUGGUACUUUCAAGUGGAUUUAUAGGAACUGUUAUUGGCAUUACUGUAGCAGUCACUUUAACUUUGUAAUUUUUAAUGUUUACUGAAUUACCUUUUGUUUUUGUUUUCCCUUAUAAAAUGUUUUUUACUACUUUUUUAUCUGGAUUUCUUAUUGCUGUUUUCGGUUCUUAUUUUGCUUUGACAGAAUUUAAAGAUAAACCUAUUUCUACAAUUGUAAAAGGAUUAAUUUGA